GCUGAGUGCGGUUCGUUAAGGUGUUGUUAGUGUUCCGUAGCCGCCACCGGCCGCAACGCCAUGAAGAUUUCUGCAGGUGUGGCCGUCGCCGUUUUCGCCGUCCUGGCGCUCUCGUCGCACGUGGAAGCCCAGAGAGGGUGCUUUCCUGGGCAGCAGAGGAUGCAGGCGUGCAACACGUGCUUCUGCACCCCGACUGGAGUGUGGGCAUGCACGCGCAGAGGCUGCAUCGGGAAGAGAGAGGCGAGGUGUACUCCGGGCACGACGUUCAAGAACCAGUGCAACACCUGCCGCUGCAGCGCCGACGGGCAGCAGGCGUUCUGCUCCAGGAAGGCUUGCCCUCCAGGUAGCGCCUGAAGAGCUGAGACGGCUGAAACGUUCAUGCAUACAGAUAAUAUUUCAUCUGGAUUGUGUCUGCAGUGAUCUAGGCACCACAAUCUUCAAGAACAACCUGUUGUUCCAAAGAAGUUGGCAGUCGUGCUGCCAGAAGUUCACGCAGUCAUUCCCUGUUUCCGUCGCAGUUAUGGGAGAUCUGUACGGCGAUGUGUUUCUUUGUAGCACGCUGAAGUGUAUGCUCAGAACAUAACGUUUCCAGAGUCGCAAUAAAUAAAUAAAUAAAUAAAGUAUAGCCAAGCAUAA